AUGGACAAGAGGACUUAGAACAGCCCAGAAGAAAUAGGACCAAGGAGACAUGGAGAAAGACCCCAGGAGCUUCUUAAACAGGAUGUUGUUCGAGACUGUUCUCGAGGAGGUGAAUGGGUUCGGACCCUUCCAGAUUCUCAUCCUAGUCCUACUGUGUUCUCCGCGCAUCGUUCUGCCCUGUCACUUUCUCCUCAACAACUUCAUCGCAGCCAUCCCUCCUCACCACUGCGACUUUAAAGCUGCGGACCAUGAUGGCCUCCUGUCAAACCUGAGUGAACAGCAGAGACUGGUGGUGUCUCUUCCCCUGACGGAGGAUGGGCUCCCAAAGGCCUGUGAGAUGUUUCCUGAAGCUCAGUUUGACCUCCUGUCCAACGGCUCCUCUGGAUCUGACCUACCCACAGUGCACUGCAGCAGAUGGGUCUACGACAACUCCACCUUCACCUCCACACUGGCUACUGAGUUUGACCUGGUGUGCGACCGGAAAAGUCUGGCCAGAACCGCCAGCACCAUCUUCUUCAUGGGAGUUAUGUUGGGGGGCAUUGCUUUUGGGUUCCUCUGUGAUAAGUAUGGGCGUAAAAACAUGCUGUUGUUAUCGUACGCCCUGCCUGUGGUGUUCGGCCUCUCCAGUGCCUUCGUGACCUCCUACGAGAUGUUUGCUGUGCUCAGGUUCUUCACAGGGUUUGGACUGACAGGAAUUAGCAUCAUCUCCUUAGUGCUGAGCCUGGAGUGGAGUGACACUAUCCACAGGUCCUUCAUCGGUGUGAUGGGCAGUACAGCCUGGUCAGUGGGGAACAUGAUUCUGGCAGGGUUAGCCUUCUCCAUCAGGGACUGGAGACACCUGAUGCUGGCAGUGACCGCUCCACUGGGACUGGCCCUGCUCAGCUGGUGGUGGCUUCCUGAAUCUGCUCGUUGGUUAUUGGCCAAUGGAAAAGUGGAAAAGGCGAGAUUUUAUUUGAACAGAUGCUCCAAGUUCAACAAGGGACAAACUCUGUCACCACAAAUCCAGUUAGAGAGUUUCAUUGACAUAAAAGGCACAAAGAAAGCUGAGAAAACAUAUAAUUUUCUCGACCUGGUCAGAACUCCAAGGAUACGGUCCUACACCAUCAUCACUGGAAUUGUCUGGUACGGUGUCGCUCAGACGUACUAUGGCAUCAGUCUGAACAUCAGUGGCUUUGGGCUGAGCAUUUACUUAACUCACUUCAUCUACUCCGCCAUCGAAGUACCCGCCAAGUGGACCAUUUUUGUUCUGCUCAACAUCAUCGGACGCAAGUGGUGCCAGGCCGGGACGCAGCUCCUCACCGGAAUCUGCAUCUUCAUCAACAUCUUCAUACCAGACAGCCUGUGGUAUGUGCGUGCAGCCAUUGCCAUACUAGGAAAGGGAGCCUCUGAAGCUGCCUUCACAACAGUCUUCUUAUACACUACUGAAAUUUUCCCCACCGUCAUCAGACAGAACGCUAUGGGCUACACCGCCUUCAUGAGCCGCCUGGGCGUAUGCAUCUCUCCUCUGAUCCUGCUGCUGGAGGACGUGUGGGUGACCCUGCCUCAGAUCAUCCUCUGCACCGGGGCCAUUCUGUCGGGUCUGGUGGUGCUGCUCCUGCCUGAGACGCUCAACAUCCACCUGCCGGAGACCAUAGAGGACGUGGAGAACCCGAGGCGUAAAGGAACAUCUGAUGGUGUUGAAUCCACAGAGGCUCGUCUGGACUCCAAACUUUCACCUGGUCUAACAUAGUUGAGCAGCUGUUUGAGGGGAAGCUCACUCACCCGGCCUCGUCAGUGGAACAAUGUUUCACACUAACUGAAAAAAUGGACGUCCGAUUGUUUUCUUGUAGUUUCUUAACAUGUCCGUGUUGAGAGGUCAGGGGUUACAUUGUUGGAGACUUGCUAAGAGAUAUGUGCUUUUUUUUAUAACAAACAAACAAUAUAUGUAGUUCAGUAGUAGUCUAUAAUACAGAUUCUUGUUGUAGUACAGUGAGGUAUUGGGCCCAGGCACUGACAGGUUCAACAUUUGAGAAUUUACCUUUUGGAAGUUUCAUGGCAAACGUAAAACCCUCAUGUGGGAGUAUGACAGCAUCACCUUUGAGAAUCUAAAAACACUAUUACAUUCUAUAGCAAUAUGUGCAGGAGCAACUGAACCCAGGCUACAAAGUUAUUUUCAUAAUCAAGUGCAGAUAAACUGGAACCAGCUGUUGCUAAAGUUCUUUGUUUUUUUUAAGUAUGUUAGAUGUUACCAGCUCAGCUAUGUUCAUCACAAGAGCAGGGUGUAAAGGGUGUAGUGGCGCUUGUGAUCUUGUCCAAUCAUUGCAAGGUAUGGUUCACUUUCACCUUUAGUCUUUGCCCUCAGAGAAAUGCACCUCAGGGGAAGCCCAUUCCCUCAGAGCUGAGAAGAGGAGGGACUCAUUUUAUAACUGCCUAAAUAUAGGUUUUUACACUAAUUAUAAAAUAUGUGUUGUUAUACUAAUCACUCAAAUAUUGUCAAUAAAUUCUUACACAUUUUGU